GCGCGUCAAUAGAAGUAGGUACAGAAGCUGACAGGAGGAGCAUUUUUUGUGUGGAAAAGAAGCCUUCGGGAUUCAAACCCCAUUUUUACAGCGAGUUUGUGUCUUUCCACGGGAUAAAAACAGAUGGCGCAGUGGUGCCAGCUGCAGAUGCUGGACUGUAAGUACCUGGAACAGGUGGACCAGCUGUACGAUGACUCCUUCCCCAUGGACAUCCGGCAGUACCUGAGCCGGUGGAUCGAGAGCAUCGACUGGGACACGGUGGCCAUGCAGGACUCGCUGGCCACCAUCCGGUUCCACGACCUGCUGGCCCAGCUGGACGACCAGCACAGCCGCUUCGCCCUGGAGAACAACUUCCUGCAGCAGCACAACUUCCGCAAGAUCAAGAGGAACCUGCAGGAUCGGUUUCAGGAGGAGCCCCACGCCAUGGCCAUGAUCAUCUCCAGGAACCUGAAGGAGGAGCAGAAGAUCCUGGCCUGCGCCAAGGAGGCGGAGCAGGAAGGAGAAGGAACCGUGUCGGCCAUGGUGGUGGAGAAACAGAAGCUCGAUAACAAAGUGAAGGACCUGAAGGACAAAGUUCAGUUCCUCGAUCAGAUGCUGAAGAACCUGGAGGACCUGCAGGACGAGUACGACUUCAAGAUGAAGAACAGAGAGAACGAGGCCAACAGCCUGUCGCCCAAGGAGCUGCAGCAGGAGAAGUUCCAGAUGGCCCGCAUGUGCAUGGACCUCAAGCAGAAGCGUCAGGACGUGGUGACCUUCCUGACGGAGCUGCUGAACCUCACCCACACCUUGAUACAGGAGCUGGUGUCCGAGGAGCUGCCCGAGUGGAAGCAGCGGCAGCAGAUCGCGUGCAUCGGCGGCCCGCCCAACGCCUGCGUGGACCAGCUGCAGAACUGGUUCACCGCCGUAGCCGAGGCGCUGCAGCAGGUCCGGCAGCAGCUGAAGAAGAUGCUGGAGCUGGAGCAGAAGUUCACGUACGAAAACGACCCCAUCUCGCAGAAGAAGGCUCACCUGGAGAACCGGGCGCUGGAGCUGCUCAAGAGCCUCCUCUCCAACUCGCUGGUUGUGGAGAGGCAGCCCUGCAUGCCGACCCACCCGCAGAGACCGCUGGUGCUGAAAACGGGCGUCCAGUUCACCGUGAAGCUCCGGUUUCUGGUGAAGCUUCACGAGUUCAACUACCAGCUGAAGGUCAAAGCCGUGUUCGAUAAGGACGUGACGGAGAAGAAAGGGUUUCGCAAAUUCAACAUCCUGGGGACCAACACCAAGGUGAUGAACAUGGAGGAGUCCAACGGCAGCCUGGCAGCCGAAUUCAGACAUCUGCAACUGAAAGAGCAGAAGCUGGCUGGCAACAGAACCAACGAGGGUCCCCUGAUCGUCACCGAGGAGCUCCACUCGCUCAGCUUCGAGUCGGAGCUGCACCCGAACCAGUCCGGACUCAGCAUCAAGCUGGAGGCCACGGCCCUGCCCCUCGUCGUCAUCUCCAACGUCUGCCAGCUGCCCAGCGGCUGGGCCUCCAUCCUCUGGUACAACAUGCUCACCACGGAGCCCAAGAACCUCAAGUUCUUCCUGUCCCCUCCCGCCGCCAAGUGGUCUCAGUUGUCCGAGGUGCUCAGCUGGCAGUUCUCGUCCGUCACCAAGCGAGGCCUCAACCAGGAGCAGCUCAACAUGCUGGCGGACAAGCUGCUCGGAGCCAAAGCUCAGAGGAAUCCAGACGGCAUGAUUCCCUGGACCAAGUUCUGCAAGCAGAGCGCCAACGAGAAAGCCUUCCCCUUCUGGCUGUGGAUCGAAGGAAUCCUGGACCUGAUCAAGAGGCACCUACUGUCGCUGUGGAACGACGGAUGCAUCAUGGGCUUCAUCAGCAAGGAGAGGGAGAAGGGCAUGCUGAGCGACAAGUGUCCCGGGACCUUCCUGCUGCGCUUCAGCGAGAGCAGCAAGGAGGGAGCCAUCACCUUCACCUGGAUUGAGCACGACGUCCACGACAAGCCGGUUUAUCACUCCGUGGAGCCGUACACCAAGAAGGAGCUGACGGCCGUGUCGCUGCCAGACAUCAUCCGCACCUACAAGGUGAUGGCUGUGGAGAACAUCCCCGAGAACCCGCUGCGCUUCCUCUACCCCGACAUCCCCAAAGACAAGGCCUUCGGGAAGUACUACCCCAAACCCUCAGAGACUCAAGAGCCGAUGGACGUGGAGAGCACGGAGAAGAGCGGCUACAUGAAGACGGAGCUCAUAUCUGUCUCUGAAGUACAUCCGUCCCGACUGCAGGACAACAUGAUGCCCAUGUCUCCUGACGACUACAAAGCCUUGGAGCGCUACGUCAGCCCCCGAGACAUCGACGCCGUGUUGGAUCUACACGGUUUGGUUCCCCAGGAGCAAGAUAUGAGCUGCAGCUUUGAAACUUCUAACUUCUUGUUGUAGAUAUGAGUUCAGACUUUCAGGAUGAAAGCUGAAGACGUCUCCCUCUGCUGCUGUUCCUGCAUCCGUCUUUAAGGCUCCAAGCCAACUUCCCUCCUGGUGGUUCUGCCCGUACGCUCUGUGUUCCCUCAUCAUGUUCAGGUUCCUCUAGUUGGGUCAUCUAACCUCAUUCACUCUGCUGAGGACUAACAGAACUCAGUUUUUACCUGUUUUUAUUUUCUAUGAUGAAAUGUGACUCUGCAUGCCAUGCCGGCCUUUAAAUGUUUUAAUUCUGAGGUUCUGGACUAGUCCAAAAAGUGUCCAGAUUCAAAGAAAGUCUAUUUAUAUUUAUGUAAACAUGAAAUAA